ACACCGAGGGUGUGACUAUCACGAUGUCACCAACGACAAUGAAGGCCCUGAUACAAUGGCAGGCGAUCUCGCCCAGGUCAAUGACCGCCAGGUCCAACUCACAAGAAAGGAAAGUGACAAUUAUACAAUGCUAUACACCCAAAAACAACGCAGACUUAGAAAAGAAGGAAGAGUUCUACAGGCAACAAUGGACAAUACUCCAGUCGGUGACAUUAAAAUCCUAAGGGGUGACAUGAAUGCCAAACUGGAACUAGACAACACAGGAAGAAAAUUCAUUACGGGUAGAGAAGCACUUGAAGAGAUGAAUGAAAACGAAGACCUCUCCGUUGACUUCUGCAGCUUCAGUGACCUAGUGAUUGGUGGCAGCGUAUACACGCACAAGGAUAUCCACAAGGCUAGAUGGGUUGACAGUGAGGGAUGACA